GUGUUAAGAGUAUAAUCUCAAACAACAACAAUGCAUCCCAACCUCCACCAGAUUAGAUUCUUUCACUUGGUUGUUAUGCCUGGAAUGUUUGUGAUUAGUUAUAUACUUUAUGCUGAGCUGGCACAUAUAUUGGGAUAGGAUAUUUAUGUAUAAAUACCAUGUGUAUUAUUCAGUUGAAUUAAUGAGAAUCACAAUUACAUUUUUUACUCUCUCUCUACAACUCUCUUUCUCUCUCUUAAAUGCAUUUCCCUCUCUGAGUUCUUAACUUCAACAACUAUCACUGGAUGCAGCACACAAAUGGCUCUGGAUUGGCAUUUCUAUUGCCGCUGCAUUACUAGUAAUGGUGUUCUGCUUCUUGGGCUAUCGCCUGAGAAGAAUAUAUAUGGUUUCAGCAGGGAAGAACUGGACAACGAUUCGAAGAAAAUUGCUUAACUUCAUGGAAUCGAAGAGACCUAUAGGUCAUGUUGUUGGGAAUCAAAAUGAUCAGGAAAACAUGAAAUACCCUAAUUUAAGCGUAUUUACCUAUGGAUCGGUCUUGGAAGCCACAAGAAACUUCUCUGAAGAAAACAAGCUUGGACAAGGGGGCUUUGGACCUGUUUAUUGGGGAAAAUUGACGACGGGACAAGAAGUAGCUGUGAAGAGGCUUUCAAGAUGUUCAGGUCAAGGCACAGAGGAGUUUAAGAAUGAAUUGAUACUCAUCUAUGAACUCCAACACACCAACCUUGUUCGACUGUUUGGAUUUUGCAUUCAUGAAGACGAGAGGAUGUUAAUAUACGAGUACAUGCCAAACAAAAGCUUGGACUACUUUUUAUUUGAUUCCAUCAGACGUCGGCAACUAGAUUGGAAAAGCCGUUUCAAUAUAAUUGAAGGAAUCACUCAAGGAAUGCUUUACUUGCACAAAUACUCGAGAACAAAAGUGAUUCAUAGAGAUUUGAAAGCGGGUAACAUACUACUUGACAAAAAUAUGAACCCCAAAAUUGCAGAUUUUGGUAUGGCAAGGAUUUUCACUCAGGAGCUUCAAGCAAAUACGAUGAGAAUUGUCGGGACACAUGGUUAUAUGCCUCCGGAAUAUGUCAUGGGAGGACACUUUUCUGUAAAAUCUGAUGUCUAUAGCUAUGGAGUGUUAAUGCUUGAAAUUAUCAGUGGAAGGAAAAACAACAGCUUCUACAAUGAAGAUCGUGUGCUCAACUUAGUAGGACAUGCCUGGGAGUUAUGGAAAGAAGAUCGAGAGACAGAACUAAUGGAUCCAACACUAGUUGAAACAUGUACUCGUCAUCAAGUUUUAAGAUGCGUCCAAGUCGGUCUACUAUGUGUGGAGGAAAAAGCAGCUGAUCGGCCAACCAUGUCAGAGCUGAUAUCCAUGUUAACAAACGAAAGCGUGCAGUUACCAGAACCAAAAAAACCGGCAUUUUAUUACGCAGAAAGAAAUGUGGGUAAUGCUGAUAUAGAUAGAAGGGGACCACCACUGGAUAUAAACGGGUUGUCCAUUUCCGAAUUCGUUGGACGUUGAAGGUAUUGAUUGUAUCUAUUGUGCCUCACCAAUACUGCAACAAAGCUUGUUUUUGGAUGGCAAGAAAACACGACUGUAAUUUUAUGGGUAGCUUUCUUCUUAAAAGUACGAGACUAUAUGCAGUAAUAAAUCUUUUAUAUAUAUUGUAUGCAAUUUCGAAGUUUUAUAUGUAAUUAAUGACAAUAUAUGAGAAAUUUUUAAUU